UGUCGUUUGACGUCUGUGUGAAACGUAGCAUCAAAUAUUGUUUGCUACUGUUUGAUUUUUAUUCGACAAUUUUUUUACCGACAUUUCAUUGUCACAGGCAGUUGUCGCUGGUUAUUUUUGACGACCAUUAACCAGAAAAAAAAGCUAUGGAAACUUUGGUCAGUCCGGAUCACAUUAAUUUAAAAGUACUUGGUCAAGAUAAUGCAGUGGUUCAAUUUAAGAUCAAGAAAAAUACUCAACUUAGAAAGUUGAUGAAUGCUUACUGUGAAAAAACUGGUCUCGUUUUUGAUACAGUAAGAUUUCGUUUUGAUGGACAAGCAAUUAAUGUGACUGAUACUCCAGCCUCGUUGGACAUGGAAGAAGGUGAUACUCUCGAAGUUUUCCAACAGCAGACUGGCGGUGUUAACUAUUUUUAAUUUUCUUUUAUAAAUCACAUAAUAUUUACAGCAUAUUAUCUUUUUAAACCUCAAAACCAUACAAUGUCUUUUUUUACAAAGCUGACAGUAUUUAAAAAUGUGUGAUAAAUUUAUAUUAUUUAUUAACCUGACAUAUAUACAGGCUCGAAGAUACCUAAAAAUAAGACUUAAGAGUAUAAGACAUAACAUAACCAAUAAUAAUGAUAAAAAAUAAAAAAUAUUAUAUUAUUCUUAAUUUCCACAGAGACAUAGACUAAACACUUAAAAUGUAUUUCCCAUGUACCUAUGCUUUAUGCAUAAACCUUAUAUUGUAUGAUAUAAUAUUAUAUCAAAAUACAUUGUACUAGGCCAGGGGUCACCAAUUAUUAUUUUUGAAAAGCCGCAUUAAGAAUUUGAAAAUU